AUGGAUCUGCUGUCUCAGCUUUUCGAAGCAAACAGGCGCGAAAGCUCAGAACGAAACAUGGAAUCAAACCAAAGCUUUCCCUCCUCCAACCCCGCCCCCCAAUCUCCUCAAUCUCCUCAAUCUCCUCAAUCUAUCGCGUCAUCCAACCCGGGCUCGCCUGUCGUAUCCCUCUUCUCCGCGAGAGCCCAUAACAGAUUCCCCAGCUCGACAUCUUCGUUAGCCUCUUCACCCGGCUUGGGGAGUCUCACGGAGGGAUACAGCGUUAUGAAGACGCCUCUGACCGAUGUCAAAGAGGAUCCACUUGAGCGCGAAACGAGCUUGGUUGUGGGAAGCCCUUACUUUGCGGACUUCAACCAAGUUCACUCCGAUGAUGGCUAUCCCGUAGUGCUAGAGUCCUACGAAUACGACCUAUCAGAUGAUGUGGUCGAAAAGCCAGGUUCACCCAAGAAGCGAAAGUCAGAUAGCAACAGCACAGCUACAACUUUUCGCGGUAUCGCUGGCCUGAGUCACCGAUUUACUUCCAUGUCGUCGAAAUGGAGACACAAACAGAAGGUGGACACCGCUGCGGCGGUCUUGGAAAAAUAUGACGAAUCGCUACGAUCGCGUGCAAAUUCUGCGACGUCAACGUUGGUGAGCCCGGCUGUCAGCUCCCUAUCCAUCCGCCAAGGUCACCAUUCCCCCUCCCCAGCAAGAGCUGUCUUUGAGGAGCGGAUCAACGAGGCCGGUAUUGCACCCAUAGACGUUGAUAUGGCCAAUCGACAAAGUAUGGAAAGAGAACCAAAUGCAACCACACCCCUCCUGCCACCUCUGAUGGUAAAUCUCCCGAAUGGAGAUGAUAUAUCGCCAGCACAGUCGCCAUUACAGUCUCCCUCCGUGGCUGACGGGGCCAACCGCAACACCAUCGACCCUUCCAGACCCACAUGUCUACCUUCACCGCCGCUAUCCAAACAACCCUCAGUAUCAUCCAUGAAUGGCCAACUGGAGGGAGCCAAAUGUCCUGCCCCAUACCUCUCCCCGGUUGCAAUGCCGGAUACGGACGAUGAGUGGUCCGACAAGCUGGGCCAUGCGAAUUUCACCAUCCGACCUGAACCCUACCUCCCCGCUGCUCGAACGCUCGAGGCCUUUGACGAGCACUGGAACAACUGGGAACUUGCCCGCUACAACUAUGCGAAACACCUCACUCGCAUUUCAGAGCAUUACGGCGCAACGUCCAACAUCUACCGGCUCACAGAGGAGAAAUGGGAUUCGGUGGAGGCUCGGUGGCGAGAGAAUCACAACCAACUCGUCACGAGUCUGGAGGACGGCAAAGGCAAUCCCGUCAGCUUGCUACACAAGCCGGACAUCCACCCCGUCGAAGCCAUCAAAAUCCCCCACCUGGACGACAAGAGCAAAUUCCCCGACCGUGGCGAUGAGGAUAUUGUUGGUCCAAUGUCCGUGGCGCCAGUUCUGCAACAGUCUUCAUAUCCCUCGGGCAAAUCGUUACGGAAGCGAACGCUCUUUAAGUUCUUACAAGACUUGUUCUCCCCGAGCAUAAAAGCCUGA